GCUGGCUUUCAUCAAUUACUACACCCUCCCUCUUCAUUCUCACCUCUGGAGGGAGAAGAAAGGCAAGGAAAACCAAAGGACAAACGACUCAGCGUUAUUUCUGGGACUGAAUGAACCUAAUGGCUCCCUACAAAGUGGAAAAGUCCCAUCACCUCCUGUUUCCGUGAGGGUGCUUUUGGAUGAGAUAGCAUUAAAUUGGUUGACUUUGAGGAAAGCAGAUUGCCUCUGUCAGGUGGGUGGGCCUUAUCCAAUCAGUUGAAAUCCUGAAUAGAACAAAAGACUGACCUCCUGGAAGCAAGAGGGAGUUCUGCCAGCAGACGGCCUUUGGACUUGAACUGCAGUGUCAGCUCUUCCCUGGGUCUUCAUCUUGAUUGCCUUUCGACUUGAACUACAGAUUUCGGACUUGCCAGCCUCCAUGAUCACAGUUGCUAUAAUGGAAGUCAAAGGGAAAAAAAAAAUCACAGGAAAAGGUACAAAGCCAUCACAAGAAAAAAACAGAUUUCAUAAAAACAGUGAUUUUGGUUCUUCAAAGACUUUCCCAAAAAAAGUUGUUAAGGAAGGUGGACCUAAAAUCACAACUAAGAACUUUGAGAAAACUGCCACAAAACCUGGGAAAAAAGGCGUGAAGCAGUUCAAGAAUAAGCAGCAAGGGGAUAAAAUACCAAAGAACAAAUUCCAGCAGGCAGAUAAAUUCAACAGGAAGAGAAAAUUCCAGCCAGACAGUAAAAAUGAUGACCCAGCAGUCAAGAAACCCAAAUGGGAUGAGUUCAAAAAAAAGAAAAAAGAACUGAAGCAGAGCAGGCAACUCAGUGAUAAAACCAACUACGACAUUGUUGUUCGGGCAAAGCAGAUCUGGGAGAUCUUAAGAAGAAAAGAUUGUGACAAAGAAAAAAGAGUGAAGUUGAUGAAUGAUUUGCAGAAGUUGAUUCAAGGGAAAAUUAAAACUAUUGCGUUUGCACAUGAUUCAACUCGUGUGAUCCAGUGUUACAUUCAGUAUGGCAACGAAGAGCAGAGGAAACAGGCUUUUGAAGAACUGCGAGGUGAUUUGGUUGAAUUAAGUAAAGCUAAGUAUUCCAGAAAUAUUGUUAAGAAGUUUCUCAUGUAUGGGAGUAAAGCACAGAUUGCAGAGAUAAUGAGAAGCUUUAAAGGUCACGUGAGGAAGAUGCUGCGGCAUGCGGAAGCGUCCGCCAUCGUGGAGUACGCCUACAAUGAUAAAGCCAUCUUGGAGCAGAGGAACAUGCUGACAGAAGAGCUCUAUGGGAACACAUUUCAGCUUUACAAGUCAGCAGAUCACCCAACUCUGGACAAAGUAUUAGAGGUACAACCAGAAAAACUAGAGCUUAUCAUGGAUGAAAUGAAACAGAUUCUAACUCCAAUGGCCCAGAAAGAAGCUGUGAUUAAGCACUCACUGGUACAUAAAGUAUUCUUGGACUUUUUUACCUAUGCACCCCCAAAGCUGAGAUCAGAAGUGAUUGAAGCCAUCCGAGAAGCAGUGGUAUACCUGGCGCACACACACGAUGGUGCCAGGGUGGCCAUGCACUGCCUGUGGCACGGCACGCCCAAGGACAGGAAAGUGAUUGUGAAAACAAUGAAGACUUAUGUUGAAAAGGUGGCUAAUGGCCAAUACUCCCACUUGGUUUUAUUGGCGGCGUUUGACUGUAUUGAUGAUACUAAGCUUGUGAAGCAGAUAAUCAUAUCAGAAAUUAUUAAUUCCUUGCCUAACAUAGUAAAUGACAAAUAUGGAAGGAAGGUCCUGUUGUAUUUACUAAGCCCCAGAGAUCCUGCACACACGGUAAGAGAGAUCAUUGAAGUUCUGCAGAAAGGAGACGGUAACGCACACAGUAAGAAAGAUACAGAGAUCCGCCGACGAGAACUCUUAGAAUCCAUUUCUCCAGCUUUGCUAAGCUACCUGCAAGGACACGCCCAAGAGGUGGUGCUGGAUAAGUCUGCGUGUGUGCUUGUGGCUGACAUCCUGGGAGCUGCCAUUGGAGAUGUGCAGCCCGCCAUGAAUGCCGUCGCCAGUUUGGCAGCGGCAGAGCUGCAUCCUGGUGGCAAGGACGGAGAGCUUCACGUUGCAGAACAUCCUGCAGGACAUCUAGUUCUGAAGUGGUUAAUAGAGCAAGAUAGAAAGAUGAAAGAAAGUGGACGAGAAGGUUGUUUUGCAAAAACACUCGUAGAGCUUGUUGGUAUGAAGAACCUGAAGUCCUGGGCUAGUGUCAAUCGAGGAGCCAUUAUUCUUUCCAGCCUUCUCCAGAGCUCUGAUCAAGAUGUUGCAAAUAAAGUCAAAGCUGGAUUGAAAAGCCUUAUUCCCACAUUGGAAAAAAGCAAAAACACCAGCAAAGGAAUAGAAAUGCUACUUGAAAAACUGACUGCCUAGAGUUUGCAAACAGACACUGAUUGCUGUGGGCAUGUUUGUACCCAAAACAGUGACUUGGAAGAUAGUGCCGAUGUUUCCACUUGCAUCCCUGUGAAGGAGUGGUGUUUGGAAUCUUUCAUCAAAAUGAUUUCUAAUGUUUAAACAUGGCCUCAUGCCCAUUGCUGAAUGUAAGUGGACGAAGAGAGCUCCAAAAACAUGGUAAUGAGAAAUUUUGGUCCAUGCUGUCUUGUUUUUAGGGGAAUUAAUUCUAUCUUGGGGAAAAUGAUUAGUUCUUCGUUGUGCCGAUAUGUGAUAGCACUUAAGUGGAAGGUGAUAGAAAUCUGGUAAGGUUAUGAGAAUCAUCUGACUGUGCUCUUGAUGACUAUAAUUAAGCAUAAUGAAUAAUUUAGGUAUUUUAAAUGACUUCCAGAUGCUUGAAAACAGACUUUGCUUUUAGAUAGAAAUCCUCUUGCAUUUAAAACUCAUGUUCUUAUUGAUAAACCUGCCAGUGAACACAUUGACUUGCUGCUGUUACAUUCCACAGUAGACAGUGAUAGAAAGAAUGAACAUGAUUUUUAAAGACCUGUGUAACAGCAAGGAAGUGCUUUUGAGGAAAUGGACAAGUCUUGGGUGUUAUUUUUCUUGCCCAAUCAACUAUUCUGCCCCAUCUGUAUUGCUUAAUACUUAAAUCUAGCUCUAAACAUAGAUGUGUUGAAACCCGUUGCAUCUGCGUGUAAUGUAACCUGGUGGACGUGUGUUUUGGUCUGGCUGGCGCCUCUUUGGGGGCUCCCCUCGUCUCACGUUUCAGUCGUCCCGUUUGUGUAGGGUGAGCCCAUCAUGACCUGCCUUCAUCAGAUGCACGUGACCCAGGGCUCCCAAAUCACAGCACCAUUCACUUGGCCACGGUGUUUAGUUAAUGGGUAAAGUGCGCCUUUUAACAAAUAGCAUCAAAUCAGAAUCUGGCAUGGGACCAAAACAAGAGCAUUUAGAGCUCUGGGGCUUCACUGGAUCGCUGUGAGGUUUAACUCAACUUCAAUUGAGUUUACAUGUGAAAAGGACCUAGAACUGGGCCUGAAUACACAGGUUGGGGCUCAGUCCCAGGGCCAGGCUUUCUAAUGGCCAGGUAGAAUCAUGGGAGAUUUGGAGAUUGCUGGAAAGCUUUGUUGUCACAAAGCCGUGACUUGGAAGUCAGAGUUCCCAUUGUUGAGUUUUUUUGACAUCAAACAUUUCAGCAACCCUUGCCCCAAAAUGCAGUAUUACACUUGCACUUUUGAGUUUGUAUUGGCUAAGAAAUCACAUAGGAAGGUCCAUGAAUUCAUUACCACUUUUAAAUACAUAAUUUACAAUCAAUUUAAAGCAGCUGUGUACCUUUGAAAAGGCUUCACUCCAUUUGUAGCUAGGGGUUGGGGCAAGGUAGGGUCUGCAGGCCCCCUGCAGUCUCUUCUGCCCACAGGUUAGGAAGCAAGGGUGAAAGCACUUGAGCCCAAAUUGGCUGUUUUUUAAAUGCAAAUAACCCUGAUAGGAACAGCACCUUUAGCUGUAGCCCGUGGUUAACACCUUCCUUUAAAGUCUAUCAACUUUUCGGGUAGAAUGCUGAGAGCUAGGCAGCUUGGAGAGGGAGUUGUUUCCUUGGGAAGGAGCAAGGGGUAAUUUGAGGUCAUUCACCUGGGCCAAAAAGCCUAGGAACAGCAGAGAAGUCCAGGGUUUCAACUUGCUUAGUGGUCUUGUCAUGCAGAGAUGGGUGUGAGUCAGCACCGGGAGACACUGGGCCAACUCCAGGUGAUUGCUUUGUAGAGGAAGUUGCCUUGGAUUUGUUUGAGAAGCUUGGACCCAGCGUGGGUUCUGCCCCUUACUAGGCAGGUGAUUUUGGUCCUCAGUUUUCUCAUCUACAAAACAAGCCACCUGCUUCACGUUCCCUCAAUUAGUAGACUUCUUUAAACAAGAACAUUCACUACAAAUGGGAGGGUU